UGACGUAAACAAGCUUUGUUGUGUUUUUCUCCAAUCCUUCAGGAGAAUGCGGAAGCAGCAUCGUUACCUGUGUCCUGGGUGCAGCUGAUUUGAGUCAAAGUGAUUCACACUGGCUGCACACGGACAACACCGAGAGCAGCUCCGGGACACUGUUUCAUCAAAUGGCAGCUGGCUCCGGCUUCGUAUGGGACCAGAUUGAACGGCAGAGACUAAAAGCGACAUGGCCAUGGAGAGCAGCACGUCGAACACCUGCUACUACAGCCACAAUGUCACCUUCUUCUACAACAGGGUGGGUAAGAAGAUCAAUGUAGUGUGGACGACUCGGGACUUUGUGGUGAUCGGACUGGGCCUGACGGUGUGUCUGAUUGUCCUCCUGGCCAACUUGAUGGUGAUGGUGGCCAUUUUCAUGAACCGCCGCUUCCAUUUCCCCAUCUACUAUCUCCUCAGCAACAUGGCUGCAGCAGACCUGUUUGCAGGGAUGGCCUAUGUCAACCUCAUGUUGAACACAGGCCCCUGGACCAGCACACUCACUAAAGAGCAAUGGUACCUUCGCGGGGCCCUGAUUGACAUCAGCCUGACAGCCUCUGUGCUCAACCUGCUGGCUGUCGCCUUGGAGCGCCACCAGACCAUCCUCACCAUGCAGCUGCACAGCACGAUGCCCAAGAGGCGGGUGGUGCUGCUGAUAGUUUGCAUCUGGGCUGUGAGCAUCAUCAUGGGCCUGGUGCCCUCCACAUUUUGGAACUGCGAGUGUGAUCUGGAUGACUGCUCUACUGUCGCUCCCCUCUAUAGCCGCCGCUUCCUCAUCUUCUGGGCAGUCCUCAACUUGCUCACUUUUUUCAUCAUGGUAGCCAUGUACACUCGUAUCUUCUUUUAUGUGAGAUACCGGAGCCAGUCUGCCUCUCAGCAGACCACAGAGAUGCUGCACAGCCAGACUGUUGUCAACCUGAUGAAAACUAUCUCCAUGGUUCUCGGUGCCUUUGUCAUCUGUUGGACCCCUGGCCUCGUAACGCUCCUACUGGAUGGGCUGCUGGGCAAAGACAGCCAUGCCAACGACUAUGAGAAGUUCUGUCUGGUGAUAGCCGAGUGCAACUCUCUGGUCAACCCCAUCAUUUACUCCCUGCGGGACGAUGAGAUGCGGAGGAUGUUCAAGUGGAUGCUGUGUUGUUUGUUUCAGAGAGGUGCUGUCCAGCAGAGGGAGCCUUCACCUGCAGAGAUUGACUCACCAUUGCACCAGGAAACUCUUGGCUAUAUCCAGAAGUCAGAAGACCAGGCCCUGUGUCUACCUCAGGACAAUAAUGAGGACAGUUGGACAGUACCAGGGGUAUGAUGGCUGUAAACCUACAUAAAAAA